CCGACUCGCUAGUCGCCUGCCUCUGCCGAUGCCGAGUGCCGAGCCGCUUCGUCUCUCGUCCGCGCCGCGCAUCCAGCCAGAUAAACCGUCGAGCACAUGGCGCGCGCCCUCCUCCGCAACGCGCUCUCCCUCUCCUCCACGGCGCCAAGGCUCCCAUCCUUCUCCUCCUCCUCCUCCACGGCCGUCGCGCCGCUGCGCUCUCCGCUCGACGACCGCCUCCUCCGUCUCCUGCGCUCCGAGAUCUCCUACAUCUCCGACCGCCGCCCUCCCUACCGGCCGCCGUCCAGCUUCAAGUCGUUCGACGUGGAGGACCGCCCGGGGGAACAGUGGGUGCGCCUCCGCGCCGCCCGCGGUGCCGAGGAGGUCAAGGUCGACGCCACCAUGUUCGACGGCGCCUUCGCGCCACCCCCCGACGCGUCCCUCUUCCAACGGGUCGAGUCGCUCGAGCAAGGCCCGCGCCUCCACCUCAGCCUCAUCGUCGAGGUCUCCCGGGCUGACGGAGUCCUGGGAUUCAUCUGCUCCGCCUGGCCCGACUACCUCACCAUCCGCCACGUGCUCACCCUCAGGGGAGCCGGCGCCGCCGGCAGCGACCGUGGUGGACGCGACUUCACGAAGCUGGAGCCUGGGGAGAGGGAGAUGGUGAAGAAGUUCUUGCAGGAGAGGGAGGUGGAUGCUGAUCUCGCCGAGUUCUUGCAUGACUACAUCGCGAACAAGGAAAAGAUGGAGCUGCUUCGGUGGUUGAAGACAGUCAAAUCGUUCAUCGAGAAGUAAUCUAAGGAGUCAGUACUAGCAUGUUAGCAGGGGCACAUUGCCGAUAUAAGCGCGGUUUAUUUUACAUCAUGUUACCCCCAGAACUGAGCAUGAACUGGUUCCAGCAAGUGGUGUGAAGAAGGCAGGCUUCCGUUUAGCCAGUUGGCUUCAUGCUCGUCGAAAUUGUUGUUCGGUUGGAAGUCACCAGCUGCCUUGCUGGAUUGUAGUGUUAUUUCUGUGUGGAAUACAUACUAAUCAGAAUGUUUGCAAUAAAUAUACCUUCUCGGUUUCAAUCGAUACAAGUCAUCAUGUGAUGUGCAA